AUGGCAAUCGGCGUAGCCACUAACGGAGCUCAAACGGCAGAGUAUAAUGGCGAGAUUACAACAAUGGUGCUGCUUUCUUGUCUCACUGCAGCCACUGGUGGACUUCUCCUAGGCUAUGACACUGGAGUUACUGGUGGAGUGACCUCGAUGGAGCCAUUCGUGAAGAAGUUCUUUCCCGGCGUUUACGAUAACACGAGCGAGGAGACAGAGACGAGCAACUACUGCAAAUUCGAUAGCCAGCUUUUGACGGCCUUCUCAUCGUCGAUCUAUAUAUCGGGCCUUAUAGCCUCUUUUUUUGCGUCACGGGUCACGAGGGACUUCGGGCGCAAGAGGUCCACCAUAGUAGGUGGGGUCGCGUUUCUGUUUGGUGGUGUCAUUGGAGGUGCCGCUGGAAACAUUUACAUGUUGAUAUUAGGCCGUCUUCUUCUCGGAGUCGGAGUCGGCUUUGCGAACCAGUCGGUCCCCUUGUAUCUCUCGGAAAUGUCCCCUCCGAAAUAUAGAGGCGCCUUCAGCUUCGGCUUCCAAUGCUCCCUCGCCAUCGGGAGCACAUCUGCUUCCCUCCUCAACUACGGCACGUCAAAGAUCAGCACAGACCUCGGCUGGCGAAUCUCCCUAGCCGCCGCCAUAGUCCCUGCCGCCAUCCUCAUCCUCGGCACACUCUUCCUUCCCGAGACCCCCAACAGCCUCAUCCAGCAAGGCCGCGACACGGAGGCCACCAAACACCUCCUCCAAAAAAUCCGAGGCACGAGCAAUGUCGAGGCCGAGCUCGACGACCUCAUAGCCGCCGACCGCGCCUCGGCGGCUCAAAGCAAAAAUCCGUUCGGAAAAUUCCUAACGCGAGCUUACCGCCCGUACUUGGUGAUGUCGGUGGCCAUCCCGUUUUUCCAGCAGAUGACGGGGAUUACGGUCAUCUCGUUCUACGCGCCGAUUCUUUUCCGAACGAUCGGGUCCGACGAAUCCGGGGCACUCGUCUCGUCCCUCAUCACAAGCUCGCUUGGGAUACUGUCGACUUUCAUCUCGUCCCUUUUUGUGGACCGAUCGGGUCGUCGCCCGAUUUUCAUGCUAGGGGGUUUACUCAUGUUCGCCACACAGGUGAUGGUCGGGGGAAUCAUGGGCGCGAAGCUCGGUGACCAUGGGGCGUUGAGCCCCGGGUACAAUGUGGCGGUUGUGGUUUUGAUAUGCGUGUACGUGAUGGCGUUCGGGUUCUCGUGGGGCCCGCUCGGGUGGCUGGUGACGAGCGAGGUGUUUCCUUUGGAGGUGCGGUCGGCGGGGCAGAGCGUGACGGUGGCGGUUAGCUUCUUCUUCAGCUUUUUGAUCGGGCAGGUGUACCUGGCGCUACUUUGCGCCUUCAAGUGGGGGGCGUUCAUGUUCUUUGCCGGGUGGGUGGUGGUGAUGACGGGGUUCGUGUACUUUUUACUGCCGGAGACGAAAGGUGUGCCGAUAGAGAAGAUGGGGAGGGUAUGGCGGGAGCACGAAUUCUGGAGGAGGUACGUGGACGGAGAUCGGGAGUGGGCGGAGGAGGAGGGCGGCGGCGGAGUUGAAGAGGAACCCUUGCUGUCGUCUUCUUCUAGAUAG